CCCCUCGGCGUCUCGGUCAUUGCCGUGAAAUGGAGGGUCGCUAUUGAUUAGCCCGCCAUGUUGCGGGGUAGCUGUCAGGCCGGUGUUUGGUGUCAGGUUUCCCCGCCUUCAGUUGGACAGCUGCCCGGCUUUGGGGCUGGUUGGUGGGAGGGGGCCAGGCCCUGGCCUCGGGCGCCGCUGGGUGUCUCACCGAGCACCAAGUGGUCGGUCCGGGUGUGUUUAAUCAUUUGCCCCCCCACCACCCCCUGCGUGCCUUCAGUCAGCAGCUCGGGAUGAAGUUGCUCUUUCUCGCCCCCCUCAGCCUCCCGACUGGGAACAGGACGACAGCUCAAAGAAUAAGCAAAUAUAUACAAAGUAGUGGCCACAUAUGCAUUCUGAAUGAUAUUGCCGAAUUUAAAUCACCUUCACAAGUUUCCGACUUAAUCAAUGAACAGAAAUUUGAAGCAGUAAUGACAAUCCAUCUCUACAAAGGAGGAAGAUUACUGUUAGACAGUAAUGUUCCAUAUGGAGUUAUAUUUGGUGGAACAGACAUUAAUGAAGAUAUCCAAGAUGAAAAGAAGUGUGAAGUCAUGGAGACUGUACUGCAGAAAUCUAGGUUUCUGGUGGCUUUCACAGACCAAUUGAAGAAAACAGCAGAGGUGCAUUGGCCAUUCGCUAGCAGUAAGAUUCAUGUGCAACCUCAAGCCGUUGUAACCAAGCCUUGCACAAACUUUAGUUGGAAUGAAUUUCUCCAAGAUUCAGGGAUUCAUUGUAAGAAUAUUGACGCAUAUAUAUUUCUUUUGGUGUGUGGACUUCGGCGAGUUAAAGAUCCCCUCUUUUUGGUGGAUGCUUUUUCAGUUUGGCAUAAGGAAGAUCCAAGGGUUUAUUUAAUUAUUAUUGGACCAGAGGUUGAUGCACCAUUCACACAGCAGGUGAAAGCCAAGCUCAAGAGUGCUUCUGGGGUCUAUCUAGUUUCAGAGAAGCCUCAGGAAGAACUGCAAGCUGCUAUGAGGGAUUCAUUUGCUGUUGUAAAUAGCUCAAUCUCUGAAGGAAUGUCUUCUACUAUUCUCGAGGCGAUGGACCUUAAUGUUCCAGUGCUGGCAAGAAAUAUAUCUGGAAACAGAGCCAUAGUAAAACAUGAACACACAGGACUUCUCUUCUUCGAUCCACCAGAAUUCAUUGAAUUAUCAAAAAGAUUGAUGAUUGAUACUUCUUUGAAGGAAAAUAUUGUGGCUAAAGCCAAAGAAUAUGUAGAGAAAUUCCAUUCCUGGGAGACAGAAAAGGAGACUUAUCAGAAGCUCAUUGAAAACCUGCUUUAAAUAGUCAUCAGUCAAGUUUGGAUCUUGGAAUAUCAGCAUUCAGAAAUUAGGCAUUAACUACAUCUUCUGGAUUAGUGGUGCUGGAAGAGCACAGCAGUUCAGGCAGCAUCCAAAGUGCAACGAAAUCGACGUUUCGGACAAAAGCCCUUCGUCAGGAAUAAACUACAUCUGCAAGUUGAAUAUUAGAGGUUAACUUAAAAUGUUUGACAAAAUACAGAAAUGAUCCGAUAAAAUUACUAUAUGUAUUGUAGAAAAAACUCUGCAAUUGCUUUUUUUUUGCUCUCUGCAUUAGUUGAAGAAAAUGGUAAUUUAUUUUCUUUAUUAAAGAUUUAAAGUAAGCUUAGAUUCUUUGAUACACAUUUUAGCAGAAGGCUUACCAGCCAUUCUGAUUAGUGUUGAGUGUUCAUGUUCAGCAAAGUAAUUUGAGAGACUGUAAAAUUUUCAUUUGCUAAGGAUGGAAUUGGGGGGGUGUAAUGAUGUAAUGUGUACUGAACACGAUAGUUUUCAUGUACAAAUUUGCACUUGGUUUUCAAGAUAAGACAAAAUAAUGUGCUUUUAUUUUUAUAUUGGAGUUGUAAUUUUGAAAUAAAUAUAUUUUCUGUCUUUUAACUAAAAGCUUUGGAAAUAUUGUUCAAUUAAAAAUAUUUGAACUUUG